GAAAACCGAAAGUCGCAUCGAAUAGAGCUGUAGUCUUCAACUUCUCUAACAAUGCUCAAAGCCGGUUAUUUCCAGACAUUCGAAUAUCCAUCCGAGUCCGAGGUGCUUAUUCGCGAUGAGUUAUACGGCGACCAUUUAAUCACAGAGCCUGUCCUAGUCGCGCUGCUGCACUCCCCCGCCCUCCUCCGCCUACAAGGCGUCUGCCAACACGGCAUCACCGGCCUUCUCGGCCACACCCACCGAGUAACACGCCUAGAACACUCCGUCGGUGCAUUCAUACUCGUACGCACCGCAGGCAGCAGCAUAAACGAGCAAGCCGCCGCACUCCUCCACGACAUCAGCCACACAGCCCUCAGCCACGUCGUGGACUGGGCGCUCUCGCAACCCGGCGAAGACAGCUACCACGAAGUACACAAGGACCGAGCCGUGAACACGCAUAUGGUCGAGAUCCCGCGUAUUCUGCAAAACCACGGGCUCGACAGCGCGCAGAUUCUAGACGAGAGCAUCUUCCCGCUCGUUGAGAAACCGGCCCCGCAUCUCUGCGCCGACCGGCUUGAUUAUGCCUUGCGUGAUGCGGUGGGGUUUGGGAAAUUGUCACUGCUCGAUGCGAAGCGUGUUGUCUCUUCGCUGAGGGCAUUUCCGGAUUGCUUGCAUCCGCGCCGUUUGCUGGUUCUUGAUGAUGUGGAUCUGUCGCUGCGUCUUGCGCGCGCGUAUCUGGAAAUCGAUAGGGAUGUCUGGUCGAAUAGAGCGCAUCUGGAUAUGUAUCGACGGACUGGCCAGGUAAUUGGGGAUAUCAUCAAGCAGGGGCGGAUCAAAGAGGAGGAGCUGUGGAAAUUGCCAGACCAGGAAUUUUGGGAGCUGCUACGCAGGGUUGCCGAUGAGGAGGGCAAGGAGGUUAUGGAGCGUCUGGAGACAGAAGGUCUUCCGAAUGAGGAUGAGUUAAUGCUGCCUCGGCGUGCCAAAGUCCGCACCAUUGACCCGGAUGUCCAUGUCAGAGACAGUGCAAGGGAGCCGGUUCCUCUGUCUGUACUGCUGCCAUCCUGGGCUGAUGAGCUCCAAAGGUAUAUCCUCCAGCGUGAGGAAACAAGAGCGUGAUGUGCUCGUCAUUAGGUGUAUGACAAUAUGAUAGCAAGAUUCGACUUCGGAUGCUUCAGCUGAAUAAAUUAAACUACUAGCAUAUAAGCAGUAUUGAGGAUGGCUAAGUACUAGUGUUUGAUGGCCAUUCCAAGAGUAUAUCCCGGAGUUACAGUACCAGAUCUCGACGUGCCGCGGGGAUUUGAAUGACGACGUCCGAUCCAAUGAUACCAUCUUGAUCAGCACCUGCAUUAUGAUGACAAGGUAGAAGGGUUAGUUCACACAAAUGGCAGCGUGGGGCGACA